UAGUUAGUAUCGUUAUCACAGUCGCUGUUCGGCGGUCGGACGGCGUGCUUGUUUCAGGGCGUAAGCGUUUUUCCCUACGAUUUUCUUCGUCGACAGAAGUUUUGCGGAGAUCGUGUUCUAGUAUUUCAUCGACGGUCUUUCCAGACUCGUGACCGAUCGUGAGCGUUUUAUAGAAAGUGAAACUGCAUAGUUGAGGCGUGCCUAUAAGUUGUGGAAGGAUAAUAAUCUGACUUAGUGCUAAAUACAGUGAGGUGGAACUCUUCGAUGUGGGUAUUCUAUUGACUGUCCUGACUAGUUUCAAUAUCAGUGCAGUUUUGACCCAAAAACUGUGUCUAGAUUAUUGGGACGUUGUUAUAUUUUACUAGAACUGUAAGUUGACUUUUAUUAGGAGCGUAAUUCUAAUAAUUUGAUUUAGUGUUGACUGUAGUGAGGUGGAACUCUGAGAAGUGGUAAUACAUUGACUAUCCUGGACUGGUUUCGAUAUCAGCGCAAUUUUGAAUUAAAAAUUGUGUCUAGAUUAUUGGAACUCCUAUUAAAUUUUCCUAAAACGAUACUCCACAUCUUGAUGAACAAGGAGUGACAUUGCAUUAAGAAAAUAGUUUACCAUGUCAUCGAAAGUGAAUUUGUUUGCUUGAGUGAUUUGACUGUUGAACAAGAAAGAGUUUUACUCUUAAAUAACGGACAACUGUGUAUUGAAAUGUGAAUUUUGUGUUCAAAGUGUUUAAAUCUAAUUUGCUACGUGUGUAAAUGUUGUUUAUUUCCCCGAUGAAGUUUCACGUGUAACUCGACACUUCUCGCAAUUGGUUUUCUGAAAAUCUCUCACCAUGGAGACGGAGGAGCUUACAAAACUUGUCGAUGGAAUAUAUAAGAAUAUCUUGGAUAAAUUUAAUCCAGGAGCUCGGCAGAUGAUCACUGCUGGAAAGGCUUAUCUCAAGGCAUUACACGGUGCUGCAGCAGCAUCUCGGUUAUAUGUUGAUGCCGUUGGUAAACUCGGCAGACAAGCUCAACAGGGUACUUGGGGAGGAUGUGCAGACAUAGGAACAGCUCUCAUGAAAGUGGUGGAGGUUUAUCGAGAAAUUCAAGAUCAACAAAUGAAUAUUCUGAAGGCGUUCUACGUCGAUUUGUUGGUCCCUUUGGAAACUAAUCUGGAAAAGGAUACAAAAGUAGUACAGUCUGAGCAAAAGCGAUUCCUCCAGCAACACAAACUACGUUCAGAGAGUUACAGCAAAGCUGCCGCUACCAUAAAGAAACAACGCAAGAAGAAAACCAAUGUUACCAAAGUUGGAUCAGCUAUGGACAAAGAGAUGAAGAAUAUGCAAAUAUUGGAAGAGGAAAAAACUAAACUGGACGCAUUUUGUGAACAAAGCUUGAAAAAUGCCAUGACUCAAGAGCGCCGUCGUUAUGGUUUCGUAUUAGAAAGACAGUGUUCCCUUGCUAAACACUGGCUCGCAUACCACGCUGCUGGCGCAGCAUCUUACAAUGCUGGUCUGGACGAGUGGCUUGAAGUCUCCAGGACGAGAGAAUACUUACCUCCUAAUGUGGAAGCCAUGUUCGUCAGCAGGAUGAGGCAAGUUUCGUUCUGGGCUGAUGAAGAAGUAUAUGCAAGUCCCCGGACUGGUGAUGAUGACGACCGAGCAUCAGUUGGUUCAGCGUUACGGAAAACACGUUCCGUGGAUGCUUCAUGUCUCGACAUUCGAUCAAUCGGUGAUUUGGGAUCGCCUACUCAAGGACUUUCUAGGGCCAAAUCGGAUUUCAAUUUACAAGCCAGUUCACAUAAUGCUGAUCAAGAAACGGAUUCUCGUACAGCGAUACGGCCAUCAUCGCUCGCACCACCAACAUGCACAUCACGAGAUCCGCCUUUGGCUCGAGCAUUAUAUGCUUAUGCAGCAGCUGGAGACAAUCAGCUAGGUUUCCAGCAAGGAGAUUUACUCGCUUUACUCGGAGAGAGAACAAAGGGUUGGCAGUAUGGAGAAAACUUGCGUACACAUCAAGCAGGAUGGUUUCCGCUGGCGUACACGGAACCAAUAGCCAAUGAUGAACCGACCGGUAGUUCACCAGCUCGUUGGGGAUGUGCACAAACACCAAAUGAGGCACCACCACCAGCGCCAGUUGCUCAUGCUCAAACAACGCCUAGCACUCCAUCUGUACACGGCCAUCCACCAGCUCGUAUGUUCGGAGAUACAGUCACUGCUCAUCAUGUUAAUAAGGGUCGCCUUGGAAAUAGCUCCCCAGGCCUACCUCCAACUCUUCCAGCCCCGUCUCCGAGUGCUUUGAGUUCCUCAGCUAGUGCUACUUUUCAUGCAUCUACGCCAGCAUCAGCACCAAGCGCUAUUAAAAAUUCUACAUCUUCUGCCAGUUUUACCACUCAUGCUGUUAUUGAAACCAGGAGUUUUGGACCCCAAACACUGCCAAUGCGUUCUCAGGUAACGCAGAAUAAAGCAGGCCCUGCUAAAACAGUUGUAUCUGCUGUUGGCGCCGUGGGUAACGUAUCUCUGCAUAGCUCAAACGAUUCUGGUUUUUCCAAUGAGCCCCCACCACAGCCUGAUAUUGAUUACAGUGAUGAAGAAGCUCAACGACUGCGAGUCCCUAUCAGUAAACCUGCUCAGUCAGCCAAUGAUCACAAAGCUUAUUUGCUCAAAACUCAAAGCCUGAGACGCGGUCCCAAACCUCCCAAUGCAAAUGGUUACUUGACAGAUGACCAACAAUUAAUGUUACGUAACAUGUUGGAUAUGGACAAAGAUUCUCAAAGAGUUAAAAGGACAAAAUCAUUCUGGAAGUUUGGUAGAACAACAUCGGAGGAGAUUAUGGAAGGUAUGUCUUUGUGGCAACAUCGUGAUAUUGUAGACACAGUUCCCGAGUUUAAAAAGAGAUUAUAUGAUAAAAUGAAAAAAGAAUUGAGACCUGCACCAGAUAUACCUGACAUAAGAAAACAAGCCAGUCCUGAAAAAACCUCUGUAUCCGAAAAUGCACAUCAACGACCUAAGGAAACAAUUGACAGAAAGGAAAUUAAGGUUGCUACUAAUGGCAUUCGACAAGCUAAAAGUUUAGGUUCCAUACAAACUGAAGAGCAUAUAGAAAAGGCGAAAAAAGGCAGUGAAAACUUUCAACAGAACCAAACAAUGUCAAAGAAAAGUACAUCGGAAAAAGCUAUAGCUGAGGAAAAACAUGAAGAUUUUAUUCCACGAAUUGAAUCCAGGCAUUCUGAUUUAACCAACACUAGUACUAUAAAAACUAAUUUUGAAAAUAGUUUUUACAAUGAUGAAAAUGGCGAAGGUUUUGUUAUGAAAACUGUUAAGCGUAGAGAAAUAUUACAAAGGUAUGAUAACGACAGUAGCUCUGAAGUUAAUUCCGUUGUUUCAAGUACUGAUCCCUAUGACUGUAUAAUAGUUGAUGAUCACAUGACAUCACGUAAGCAACAAGAACUCGAUCGACGUCGCCAAGCACAAUUAAUGGAAGAAGAAGUGAAGAAACGUAAAGAAAACGCCUAUAUGCCAGAAUUUGAAGAAAUAGAAAUAACACCAAUAAAGCCACAUAUCCGGGCAACUAUGCCAGAAAAAGUAAAAAAACACUCCCAUGAACGUACUCCUCCUAAAACUAUGGAAUUCAAGACUUUUAAAGAUAAUUCUAAAGAGAUAAAAACAUUCUCUGCGUCGUCUGAAACCUUAAAGUACAAAGAUAAUGAACAGCAUACAGAUCGUUAUGGUAUACCAACAGAACGAAAUAAUAAUGAUAUACGUAAUGAUGAACAUUAUAAUGGGCAUGAUGAAGGCACACUGAAAUAUAAAAAACGCUCAAGCAAAGAGGAGAAAAGUCGUCAACAGAAUAUUUUUGAAAACGGAAAGAACCAUAAAAAAGAGUAUCCACAGGCUGAAGUUAGAACUCAAAAAAAAGAUGCUAAACCAUAUGAUAAUAGAGAGCCAAGAAUCGAUUAUUCACUGGAUAGGCGACAUUUGAGAAAUGAUUUCCCAAAUUCAAAAAAUAGAGGAGAUCCACGAAGUAGAAGUAGAGUAAGUAGGAGUUAUGAUGACAGUUCAUUACCAUAUAAUGGACGAAGAGAUGAGAGAUUUUACGAGUCGAAUAUAUCAUAUUUUAGUGAUCAAGAAAGACAUGUGUCACGAUAUGAUUAUGAGACUGAUUCUAAGAAAGCUGAAAAGUCUAAAAUAAGACAAGAAGAAGCUAGACUUGAGGCGAGACGUUUUGUAGAUCGACGUAGUGAGGGUCCGUACAGUGAAUCGGAUGAUCAGAAAUUUAAUGAAGCAUUGAAACAACAAAGGCCACAAUUGCUGCCUCGUACUAAACUUCUUAAGAGAACUGCAGAGGGAAAUGAGUUGCCAGAAGAAGGACAUACGUUUGGGCCUUGGUAUGAUUUAUGGGGUCGCGAAACUGCCGUUUACAAAUAAGAGCACAACAAUUCGCUACGGUAAAGCUAAGGAAGGCGCUAACAAAUGAUCGCUCAUCGCCUGCCAUCGAAUAAUGUUUUAUAUUAAUAUUAUUAUUAUUUUGUUACUUAAUAUUAAAUGUAAAUUAGAAACACCAUGUAUUUUGUACAGUUAAAUAUUCAUAGUUUAACAAAGAAUAUAUCACAAUUUUUACAUAAUCUGA